AUGUCAGAGGCCGAUGCCAGUGCAGCCGGGCCUCUGAACGAACCCGCACCCAGUCACAGCCCAUCCGUAUCCGCAACCGCAUCGACACCUACCUCGACCCAAGCACAGCAGCCCUCGCCCAACUUUGUUGCUCCCAGCGACUACCUACGGCCUCGCGAAAGGGCCCAUGGCUCGAAGUCACGGGGCCCCAUGACACCCCUCGACCACGAGCAGCUCGAUGGCCUANGCAUCGUCUCUGCUCCGCUCUGGGACUCCAAGACGUCGACUUUCGCUGGCCUCUUGACCACCUCGGACUACAUCAACGUUAUUCAAUACUACUGGCAGAACCCUGAUGCCCUCGCCCAAGUCGAUCAGUUCCGUCUCAACAGUCUUCGCGACAUCGAAAAAGCCAUUGGUGUACAGCCCAUCGAGACAGUCUCGGUACAUCCUCUCCAAUCUCUAUACACGGCCUGUCGUCGCAUGCUCGAGUCUCGUGCUCGUCGUAUCCCUCUUGUCGACAUCGAUGACGAAACACAACGCGCCAUGAUAGUCAGCGUCUUGACUCAGUAUCGCAUCCUCAAGUUCGUCGCUGUCAACGUCAAAGAUACCCAGAACUUGCGCAAGCCCCUGCGAGACAUUGACUGCGGCACCUAUGGCGACCUGCAAACAGCCACAAUGGAGACCCCUGUCAUGGACGUCAUUCACUUGCUUGUUAAGUACAGCAUAUCGAACGUCCCCAUUCUGGACAGUGACGGCGGCGUUGUCAAUGUCUUCGAAGCGGUCGAUGUCAUAUCACUUAUUAAGGGUGGUGUAUAUGAUGACCUGAACUUGACAGUCGGUGAAGCUUUGUUAAAGCGCUCAGAGGAUUUCCCUGGUAUUUUCACUUGUACCCUCAACGACCGCCUGGACUCCAUCUUUGACACUAUUCGGAAAUCCCGCGUCCAUCGCUUCGUCGUGAUCGAUGAGGACAAGAAACUCAAAGGCCUGCUUACCUUGAGUGACAUCUUAGAAUAUGUACUUCUUGAAGGCGAAGGAGAUGAGUUAUGA